GGGAGCCCGGUACUCGCACCCAGAUGAGCGCCUGCAAGCGAGUGGCGAAGGAGCUGGAAGAGCUUCUGAAGCAGCCUCCCCCCUACCUGGGGCACCUGUCCAGUGAGGAUGCCAAUGUGCUGGUGUGGCAUGCACUCCUGCCUGACCAACCUCCAUACCACCUCAGGGCCUUCAGUGUGUGCAUCAACUUCCCUAAGGACUACCCACUGAAGCCCCCCACGGUGAGAUUCACCACCAAGAUCUACCACCCCAAUGUGAGUGAGGAUGGGCAGGUGUGCAUGCCCCUCAUCAGCAAAGAGAACUGGAAGCCUCACACCAAGAUCUGUCAAGUCUUAGAGGCCCUGAUCAUACUGGUGAACAGACCGAAUCUGGGGGAGCCUGUGCGAAUGGAACUCGCUGACCUGUUGACCCAGGACCCGGAGAAGUUCAAGAGGAAGGCUGAAGAGUUCACACUGCAGUUUGGAGUGGGUCGUCCUUCCUAAUUCUGGCUCUGAGCCUUCUUUGCCUGGUGCACAGAUGACAUGGACUGGGGCCAGAGCCCCUUGGUUGCUGUGCCAUACCCAAGCUUCCCUUCAUAGCUAACUAGUUACAAAUGUGUGUGUGUGUGUAGGGGGGCAUAUGAAAUAAUUUCCCAGUCACCUGACUACUGGUAUACCCUUUCCAUGCCCUUUGCCUCCCUCAAAGUUAGUGAAGUUUAGGUUUGCAGUUGUUGGAGGCCAGUUCUCCAGCUCCAUCACUGGUCACUUUCCAAGACAGCUGGCAGGAAACCAGAAUCUCCCAGGACCCAGGAAAUAAGGGGCAGAGAAAGGUGGGGAUAUGGGUGGGAGGUGGGGCAUAUGGAAGGCGUCAGAUUUGCUACUGAACAAUUGAAAUCAGCAUGCACAGCUUUGGGUACUGUCACAGUCAGCUUCAUUGCUGGGAUGAACUUCCAAACCAGACAGUUUAUAGGAAACACACCAUCCAUGUGACGCUUACAGAUCCAAAGGAAAUUCCAUAAUGGCAGAAGAAGCCGGCCCCCUUGCACAGGUCCAUGCAGAGAGAAAUACCACCACCAGCACCAUAAGCAAGCACACUCCAGGAACCCCAGGCAGAGCUCCAGCAUUCUGCAUACCUUUAAACUGGAAUUCCAGCUUUGCCCCCAAACGUACCUUCGGGCUGGACCCAAGGAUCUGCCCACAGUGACACCUCCUUCAGCCAGGCUGGAGAUCUAAGUAGCUUUAAUAAAACUGAAUCUAUUGGGGGACAUCCAUUCAGACUACCACAAGUACUAAACCUUUUUCCAUUGAUGAAUCUCAAAAUGAAGAAUCUGACCUCCAUCUAGAAAUCUGACUCAUUGUUUGGGGAUGGCUCGCUCUUCUGACAGAUUACAAUUCUAGGGGCUGAGCCUCAGGCUGUGAAAUAUGUACCUUCCAGUCCAGAGGGCUCCACAUGAGCCAUGUACUUGGUUGGUCAUUAAAUUCAUAGAUGCAUUCUA